CCCAUCGACUUGGAUUGCUUUAUAAGCCCCAGGCUGCCGAGUACAUCCAUCAGUUUGUGCCUGCACUUCAACUACUGACGAAAUGUUCCGUUUAACGUUGGCAGCGUGCUUGUUGGCGGUCAGCCUGGCGGCCGUGGCCAAUCCCAAGACCCCCAACCAGAUUAUCGACGCUGUCAUCGAGAGGGCCAACGCCAAAAUAAAGGCGCUGGGAUGGGACGUUAUGAAGAACAUCCAAAACGGUGGCACUCAAUUCAACCUGCAAGUUAGCGACAGCCAAUCUGGCUCCUCAACGGCCAAGAAGACUUUCAACAUCACCAACGCUGACAUGACGGGACUCGGAAGCCUGCACCGCUCCAAGUCUGGACAGUUCCUGAACAGCAAUACCGUGUUGAAGGGAAGCCUGAGGCUGACUAAUGCCCGCGCCAAGGCCGACUACAAGCUUGUCUUCCCUGGCAGCGGAAGUGCGGCACCCGCAUCAACCAGCACGGGCAGCGUCACCGAGAAGGCUGACAAACUCUUUGUUGACUUCGAAUUCAACCUGGACGCAAACAAGGUUCCCCAGAGCAUCAAGAGCUGGACGGUUCGCAGCGGACGCGACGGUCUCGAGGCUUCCUCUGGUCUGCCCACUGACGGCUCCGGCAACAUCGAUGUCGCUGGAAUCCGCAAUUCGCUCCUGCAGGUCAUGAAAAAUACGCUGAACACUAACAUCAAGGUUCAGGUCAACUCGGCCAUCCAGGACUGGAAGACACAAGCCAGCGGUUAAUUUGAUACCGACAACCCACCCUCGGACACCGACCUAGAAUCGAUCCUCGGACAACUCGCUUGACUCAUCCACAA